GGUGAGGGGAGAGGGGAAGCGGGGAAGCGGGGCCGGGCGGGUGAGGAAGAGCCGGGCCGGAGCCUCGGGGCCGGGCGGCACCCGCGUAGUGCCGAGUUCCGCCGUCCCGCUCCUCCUGCCCGGGUCUCCUCCCCGCAGGCCCGUUCGCCGCUUGCCGGCGGGAGGGUCGCGUUCCCUCGCCGGCCGCGGGCGGUGGUGCAGCCCCUCGCCGCCGGGGAUGCCCCGCUGACAGCGGGCUCUGUGCCCGCCCCCGCCCGACCCCCGGCGUUCCUCGGGAGUGCCCCGCGUCCCUCCCGGUGCUGCCGGAGGCGUUCCCGACCCUGGGCCACCUGCGGCCGCGGUGUCUCCUGAGCGGUGCUCCGGGGGGCCGCGGGAGAGGCGAAUCUGCUGUUUUACAUAGCGGGGCCUCUGCAUUUCAAUAACGGCUACUUGGUUUGACCCUCGUUUAGUUGAAUGUGCUGUGGCUGAGUUAUUACCCUGGUGAACCGCCUCCCGUACACACAGCCUGGCAUUUCUGUGUUUCCACUGCAAGGUGUUGUGGUUAGGCGUUCCAUCAGCAAGAUGCCGCAUCGUUUUCUUGCUAUUUGGAGCAUUUUAAAUAGGUGGAUAGUUGUUGAUACAAACAAUAAAAUGUACUUUCUCCUAGGAGUGUCACGUAACAAGUGAAAACUUUCAUGUGAAAACAGAAAAUGGCUUCAAGAGGAACAACAGAGACCAGCAAACUAAAACAAAACUUGGAGGAGCAGUUGGACAGAUUAAUGCAGCAGCUUCAAGAUCUGGAAGAAUGCAGAGAGGAGCUGGAUGCAGAUGAGUAUGAGGAGACCAAAAAAGAAACUCUGGAGCAGCUGAGUGAGUUCAACGACUCCCUGAAGAAGAUCAUGUCUGGAGAUAUGACUUUGGUGGACGAGCUCAGUGGGAUGCAACUGGCAAUACAAGCAGCCAUCAGCCAAGCAUUUAAAACCCCAGAAGUGAUUAGAAUGUUUGCAAAGAAGCAGCCGAGGCAAUUGAGGACGAGGUUGGCAGAGAUGGACCGAGACUUAAUGGUUGGGAAGUUGGCACGAGAGCUGUACACCCAACAGAAAGUGGAAAUCCUGACUGCCCUCAGGAAGCUUGGGGAGAAGCUCACUGGGGAUGAUGAGAUGUUCUUGUCAGCAAAUGCUGGUACAGCCCUGAGCCAGUUUGAGAGAGUCUCCACUGACCUUGGAUCAGGAGACAAAGUCUUUGCUCUAGCAAGUGUUGAAGUAGAAAAGGCAAAGCAAUGAAGGGGUGUGUGAGGCUUGUGUCUCUCCAGUUAUCAACAGCAUUGGACUUCUGUCACACUGCAUUUGGGUUUUCUAUUUCCAACAUGUUGAAAAAAAAAAAAAGCAAAGCAAAACAAAAAAACUCCAAACCCUAAAACCUCUUGGGUUCUUAACCAGAAGAUAUGAAGUAAACAGCCUUAAGUGCACUUUGGGACCUUGGUGUCUGUACCCCUUCAGUAAUACAAGCUCUGAGGCUGAACACUGAGUGGAACUCUAGAAACAAAAGCAUGGUAUGUCUGUCUUGGGAAAGAAUCAGCUGUUUUGAACUUUUCUGAAUGUGUAUUUCUCUAACUAUUAAAAACUUCAUCUUUUUGCAUGUGGUUGUAGCAAGCAGAUCUUUUUCAGGAGCAGUCCCGGUGAGUGGUUUUUUGGGUGAUUCUUCACAUUGUCUUAACUUUUGUCUGGACUCCCCACUAAGUAGUUUGUACUAGGACAGCACUGAAGCUUUGAAAAUGGACUUGGUUUAUUUGGAAUGCCAUCUUCCUACAAACUGUUUGCAGAAGACCCCAGAGGAGCCUGGAUGCUGAUCACUGGCCCUUGGCUGCUUGUUUGCUGUGCCCAUGAAUGAGCACUUUGUGUCCCAGCCCGGACCCACAGACAAUGGCAGCCCUGUGGGGAGUAAUUUAACCUUGUGUAUGGAAACGACAGGGAACUGAUAGGAAAUGGGAGUGAGAGGCUCUUUCUGUGACCUCUUCCUUCAGCUCUGGUGUCCAGCCACACACUGCCCUGAUUUCCCGGGGUUGCAGAGGUGCCAGGAAAUAACUUGCAAACGGGUUUUAAAAGGGGGAAAAACUCCCAUUAUGUGAUCAGUGCAAGUGUUGCUCAGUGUAUUGAUCAGGUGCUGUGGAGAGGGGAGGGGCUGUGCCUCCCUUAGGAGUUGGAAUCCUGAAUAAACUCGGUGUAGGAGGAUUUAAGAUCUCAUAUUGUUGAACCUUUUAGCUCAGAGGGUGGAGAAACUACUCGGGCCUCUGGAUGUGUGCUUAACUUCCUGACAAACUGUAUUUUGUAAAAUCACUGCUAGGGACCUAAUUCCCUAAGUUUUGACUCCCUCACACUUCAGUUAAGUGCUUGUUUGCAUUUUGUCAGGAGCUGGUUGGAAGCCUGGAUUUCCCUAAAGUUUUUCAGCUCGAGAAAUGUGCAUUUAAAGUCUGCUCUACCAUAUGUUCAAGUGCUGAACUAAGGAUACUGACAACAACAAAACCACACCAAGGGCAUUUCUUAACUUAAUUUCAUACCUGUUCCCCUUCUUAUUUUACCAGUAACUAGAGAAAAUUAAAAAGCUUCUAUUUGAA